UGACCACUCUCCUUCACACCACUGAGCUGCUGAGACUGCCCAGAGCGUCCUGUCUUUUACCUUGACCCCUUUCCCAUUCUUUCAAGCAACAAAAUAUCAACGAGGCCAUUCUCACUAUCGAGUCCGAGAUACUCUAGUGAUCGCCCAUUGUCCUUCCUUCUUGCAUAUCCUGGCAACUUGCGACGUCGUAUACGACCAACAUCCCAGGCACAGCCCUACCAGCGACUUACAGAGAAACCGAUACCCCACCCUCCUUUGAACCUAAACACACAGCCCGUUAAAGCCGCGAUCAUGCAGCUUGCCACCGUUUUGGCAUCGCUCAUUGGCGCUGCCGCUGCCAUCGGGGACAAGCGCACGUUCGCUGUGCUGCGUCACCAUGGAGAUGGCCCGCUCAUGACCGGUCGGGUCGAUCCUAUUAUCAAUCCCGGCACCGUUGGAAGCCACGUCCAUACCGUCAUGGGGGCAAGCAACUUCGGCAUGAACUCGACAGGUGCGGACCUGCGCAAAUCCAGGUGCACUACGGCCCUGAUCAAGGGCGACCUGAGUGCCUACUGGUUCCCAAGACUCUACUUUGAGGACCCCAAGGACGGCCACUUUGAACCCGUCGAGAUGUUCUACAUGAACGUCUAUUACUUCUUUGAGGCCACCAAUGACAAGAUCGUCUCUUUCCCGGUUGGCCUGAGGAUGGUGAGCGGAGACGCCAUGACCAGAGAUCCUCCAAACAGGGACGGAACCCAGAACCUCGACCCUUCCAAGGGCCCUGUCAAUCCCCUCCAGUGGACGUGCCCCCGUAGCAACUUCAACCCCCCUAGCUGGCCUGCCGGCUCUGACGGUACCAAGGGCGGCAUUCAGGACCCGAACAAUCAGGGCUCCGGCGUGGGCUUCCCCUUCGCAAACUGUGACGGCUACGCGUCUCCUCUCCGAAUGGACCUCCACUUCCCUUCUUGCUACAACCCCGCUGCCGGUCUCGAGAACUUCAAAUCCAACAUGGCCUUCCCGACGGAUGCUGGUAAUGGCAAGCAGGACUGCCCGAAGGGCUGGGUUCACGUCCCGCAUAUCUUCUAUGAGGUCUAUUGGAACACCCCCAAGUUCCAGGACCGGUGGACCCAGAACGCCGGGUCUCAACCCUUCAUCCUUGCCAACGGCGACCGAACCGGCUACUCGGGACACGGCGAUUUUAUUUCCGGCUGGGAUGAGACUGUUCUGCAGAAGAUCAUCGAUACAUGUGAUGCCGGCUCAGCUGGCAUGGACAAGUGCCCCACGAUUAUUGGCGGUCUCAAUGACCAGGCCCCCUCGUGCAACAUCAAUUCUCCCGUCAACGAGGUCAUCGAUGGUGUCUUGGCGAAGCUGCCAGGUGACAACCCGGCGUCUGGCUGGGGUGUUGGCUCGGCUCCCAAGCCUCCCGCUUCCUCCAAGCCUCCCGCUUCUUCCAAGGCCCCCACUUCCUCCAAGCCCGCCUCCACCAAGCCCGCCUCCAACCCCCGACCCGCCAGUUCCUCUACCACCAGCGCCGCUGCUCAGAAGACCAGCCUCCCUGCCGGCAAUGCCAUAGUAGAUCCCGUCCCAGCCAAGAUUCCUACAGAUCCUAGCUCGAAGAAGCCCACCAGUACCGCUCCUCCGGCCCCUCCCGCUCAGAUCACUAAGGCGGCCAAACCAAGCAGUACCACCGUUGGCGGCAACGUCGAAACCGUGUGGGAGACUGUUACCGACUGGAAGACGGUGACCGUCUACGCUGGCUCUAAGCCCACCGCUGCUCCCGGUGCAGCGCUGCCCGAUGUUGCAGGCUUCAAAUACGCAGGCUGCUUCAAGGAUGCAUCGAACCGUGUCCUGGCCGGUGAGAUCCGGCCCAACUUAGGAAGGGUCACGAACACCCUGUGCAUCGACCAUUGCAGGAGCAAGGGAUGGGCCCUAGCCGGCACCGAGUACGGUGGCCAGUGCUACUGCGGCAACGAGCUCGUCGGCUCCCAAUUGCAGGAGGAGUCCCUCUGCAACAUGCCUUGCGAGGGCGACGAAGGGGAGACUUGUGGAGGCGGCUGGAGCCUGAGUGUUUACUCUGCAGACGGCUCGGCCAACACCAAGCGCCACCUCCACAACCACCUCGCCUACCACCGCCGUGCGCCCUCCGUCCGUCGCAGAUGAAUGCCCAAUCGGCAACCCGCUUAG